AUGGCCAGGAGCAUGACGGCGUCGACUCUCUUCCAAUUCUUGCGACAGAAGAAUCGCCUCAACGGCCUAAUGGCAGCCAGCUUUACCCUCCUGAUCGUCCUCAGCCUCUCACACCACGACGUUCGACAUGUCGCUGCCGCCCGCCUCCCUUCCUUCGCCCGGUCGACCCUGUCUCCCGCCGAACCCGUCGUUGCUCGAGCGGUCAACGCCCACUUUGAGCUCGAACGGCAGUCGAGGCGUUACUCGCCGCGGGAAACGCUCGCCGUCGCACUGCGCGUCGCAUCGGCGGACCAGCCGCGAUGUGCGGCCGUCGAGCAGCUGCUGAGCGCUUUCCGAGGCGGGGACGAUCGCUGGCUCUCGUUCGAGCAGGACGAGCAGACAGCGCGGCGGUGCGGUGGGGCUAGCCACGCCGUGACCGACACGAGCCGGCACGAGGUCGUCUUUGUCCGAGUCGAGGACGCCGUGAUGGACUCGCAUGACGGACCCAACUGCCGCGACUGCGCCUCGAAGCUCGUCGUCGUGCACUCGCCAGACCCUCGACGGCUCGAGGACAAGAAGGCCGAGAUGCUCGACACCGGCCUCGCCUGGAUGGUCGUCUCCGACGUCCAGUCCACCCCGACAGGACAUUUCUUCGCCCUCCGCGCCCUCCCCCUCGCAGCCCGCGAAGAGCGCCACCUUCGCCGCUUCCGCGACCUGCAGACCCGCGACCUGCCGUGCUCCGAACAAAAGUUCAUCCUCGCCGAGUACCAGCGGUUCGGGUUUGGCAGCUCGAUCGCCAUGCUCGCUGGCGCCUCGUACUACGCCGCUAUGCACAACCGCACGAUCAUCUACCGGCCCGGUCGGGAGUUUGCCUACCUCCCGCCCAAUUUCUGCGAGUCCGACAACCUCAACUGCUACUUCCACGGCUUCUUCCACCGCCAGCAUCGCUGCCUCGACUACGUCGACGCGGAAAUCAAGUCCCGACCCGUCCUCGACCCGCCCAAGGCCAAGCAAGGCCCGCGCCAGCUCGACCCAGCCUCGCGCGACGCCAGCGACCCCGUAUGGCUGCUCGAGUGGCCCAACCCAGCCGGCUUCGACGGCACCUACUACGACUUCCUGCGCAAGAACGGCUACGACGUCCGCGCGUCCCUUACCGGCCUCCUCCUCCUCAACCCGACUCGUCGCGUACGUGAAGGCGUUGAAGAACAUUCGAAUGGGGGCUCGAAACUCGCGCGCUACAUCGGCGCGCACGUCCGGCAUGGAGACAAGAAGCUCGAGGCGACCCUCGUCAACUUCACGUCCUACAUGGACGAGGUCGAGCGGCGCGGUCGCGCCUCGGGCAUCCGCGACGUCUUUCUCGCGACGGACGAUGCAGAGGUCGUCGAGCGCGAGACGAGCGAAUACCCGCUCCUCCGCUUCUCCCUCCAAGACACGCUCCGUCCAAAGUCUGGGUUCUGGUACGACGGAUUCCGAGGCAAACAGUUCGACCUCUUCCUCUCGGUCUAUACGGACGUCGCCAUGCUCAGUCAGGCAGACAUCUUUGUCGGGACGGGCUCGUCCAGCAUGAGCACGCUCGUGCAGGCUCUGCGUGGCGUCCUACACAAGCACGAGACGUACAUGCUGGACGAGAAGGGUGUGGCGAGGGAGGCCGCAAUGUCAGAGGCGUUCUUUGAUUAG